AUGCGUCUGUCCCUCUCGAAGUCGCUGCUUGCGCUGGCAGCGACCGCUCUACCUUUUGUCGCCGCCGACGAGCGCCGCAUCGAAUCGAAGUCGCUCAACCCGUGCAUGAGCAACUCUUCUUUCUCGGCAACACUGUUCAAUGUUGUAUUCACGCCGAACAAUAGGAGUCUGGCCUUCAACAUCGAAGGAAUCUCAAACAUCGCAGGAAAAGUCGAGGCUGACCUCGAGCUCCUCGUCUAUGGCUACAGCGCCUUGAACCAGGUCCUCGAUCCCUGCGGAAACGAGGACCUUUCUGGCAUGUGUCCCAUGAACGCCGGUCCCCUUACGAUCAAGUCGAACUUGGAAAUUAGCAAGGACAUCAUGGGCUCAAUUCCAGGAAUAGCAUACACCGUACCUGACUUGGACGCCGUUGUACGCAUCAAGAUCAAGGACCAGACAACCCAUGUCCAGCUUGCAUGCGUCGAAGCUGAGCUUUCCAACGGACACUCUGUCGAGCAAAAGGCUGUUGCUUGGGUAACUGCUGUGAUCGCUGGUCUCGGUCUCGUGGCCUCUGCCGUUACCUCUGGAUUGGGACAUUCGAACACCGCCGCUCACGUUGCCGCUAACGCCAUGUCGCUCUUCGGCUACAUGCAGGCCCAGGCCUUCAUCGGCAUGACCGCUGUCCCCUUGCCUCCUAUCGUCGCAGCCUGGACACAGAACUUCCAGUGGUCCAUGGGUAUCAUCAGGGUUACAUUCCUCCAGAAGCUGGCCACCUGGUACCAGCGCGCCACUGGCGGCACACCGACCACGUACCUGUCUCAGUUGGCGUACAUUUCCGUUGAGGUACAGAAGAAGCUGAGGAUGAAGCGCGCAGUCGACACAGUCCAGUUCACCACCCGCGCCGUUGCGCGUCUUAUAAAUCGCAGUAACGCUGCUGCUACAGAAGCUCAGGCUGGCGGUGAGCGCAUUGUUCUCCACGGCAUCGAGCGUGUUGGCUUCAAGGCCCGCAUCGAGACCACCAACAUCUUCUUCACCGGCUACACAUUCUUCAUGAUCUUCAUUCUGCUCACCGUCAUCGGUGUGGUCGCCUUCAAGUUCGUUUGCGAGGGUCUCACCAAGGCUGGCAGGAUGAAGGGAGACAAGUUCAUCGAUUUCCGUAACGGAUGGCGCACCGUGCUCAAGGGCAUUCUGUUCCGCGUCGUUCUCAUCGGCUUCCCCCAGAUGAUGAUGCUUGGAUUGUGGGAGCUUACCCGGCGCGACUCCGCCGGAGAGGUUGUUCUGUCGAUCCUUACCAUGAUUACCAUGGUCGGUGUGCUAGCAUGGGCCUCCUCCAAGGUCGUCCGCAUCGCACAGCGUUCGAUCGCCAUGCACAAAAACCCGGCCUACAUCCUCUACUCGGACCCUGUCGCUCUCAACAAGUGGGGUUUCCUGUACGUUCAGUUCAAGGCCGCCGCCUACUGGUUCAUCAUCCCGUGGCUCGCCUACCUCUUCAUUAAGGCUAUGUUUGUUGGUCUCUCUCAAUCCGCUGGUACUGUUCAGGCUGUCGCACUUGUCAUCAUUGAGGCUGCUCUCCUCAUUGGUGUCUCCGUCCUCCGCCCAUGGAUGGACAAGAAGACUAACGGGUUCAAUAUUGCCAUCGCUGCUGUCAACUUCCUCAGCGCCAUCUUCUUGUUGAUGUUCACCGAGGUGUUCAAGCAGCCCGGCAUCGUCACCGGAGUCAUGGGAGUCAUCUUCUUCGUCUUCAACGCCGCCUUCGCGCUGAUCCUGCUCCUAAUGCUCCUUGUUUCUUCUGGAUUCGCCGUCUUCACUAAGAACCCCGACACCCGCUACCAGCCGAUGCGCGACGACCGUGGUUCCUUCAUCAAGUCGCAGACCCAGCUCACCACUGAGCUUGAUGCGCUAGGCGCUACCGCACGUGGUGAGGGCAAGGGUACCCACGGUUCCCGCAGCCGCAUCGAUGACGACGACGAUUACUCUUCGGAGGAGCAGCGCCAGAUCGCUGCUAAGGAGGGUGGCUUCAACGAGCACUACGCCGCCGUCCCUCCCCGCAGUCCAGCCAGCACGACGCACGCACAGCACGCCCCACCGUCGUUCUACGACCGCAGCAACGCUAGCCCAGCACCUUCACAGGGGCGAGAGGGCAGCCUGCGAAGCGACGUGCAACACCGGGCGGCAAACAACUCUAGCCCAUGGCAACGAGGAGCUGGUUAUGACAACCAUUGA